UCAAAGCUCGCUUGGAUAGCAUUAUUACCUGAUUAGGCCUAGAGCAAGAGAUCAUACACAAAUGUGACGAUCGGGCCCGCCACACGUAGCUUUAAAAGUGGGGCAUGUCAUCAUGGAUCUGGCAAGCUAUCAGUGAAAGCUUGAGCCUCAAUGUUGUUGUUGUGUUGUGUGGUGUUGUGUGUAGUGUAAUGUGGUCGUGUCUCCGCAUCUCAUUGCUACGGCCGGUCCUUUUGCUGUUGAGGAAGACAAGUAUUGUUUCUGAUUCUGGUUCCAAGGGUUGUAAUGCUUCUUACCGCUUGGAGAACAGCCCGUUUCAUUGCUUUUGCGCGAAGAAUAUCCCGAGCCGCAUCACCAUACAUUGCCUUUCGCUGAAAAGGGCAUUUUGAAUCGAAUUCCAUAGUAAUCAGCAUUGCCAAUGACGCAGGGAACACAGUCCUCUGUUGGUAGCC